UUUAGAUUUUACCACUUGACCUAUCCACCUUUCUACUCUGCGGGCAGCGCAUACAUUGUCUGAUACCUAAAUACUCUCUCCUCAUCGUGACGCACUGGAUAUACACCCAACAAAUCAAUUGGAACUGCCCACCAAUUCCAAAUCCAUUCGAAUUGACCUACCCCAUUUCAAAAUCAAAAAUCGGACGACACGAUAAUUAAAUCCACCUCGAAUACAGUCCGGCCAGGCCAGACUAUCAGAGAACCUAACCCGAAGAAAGGAAAACAAAAUGGCUUCAACAACACCCGCACCUACACAACAGCCCUCCCAACAACCAACCGAGGAAGAAAAGCAGAAACACCUAGACCUAGGCAUAAUCAUGGCCCUACAUACCUGGCCCGCUCUGUCGCUGGCAGUAAGCUCAAACUGGGGCGGCCCAGCCUCCUCUGACAAGCGUGACUGGCUCUGUGGUGCUAUCUCAGAUAUGCUUCAGGAUCGACCCGAGACGGACGCGGAGGAUCUCGAGGAUGUGCUGAUACAGGUUAUGAGUGAUGAGUUUGAUGUCGUCAUCGACGAUGAGAGUGCCGCGGGGGUUGCAAUGAUGAUUAUGCGGAUGAGGGAGCAGGUGAAGCGUGGGGAGUUCGGGGAGAUCAAUGAGAUGUGGGUUGACUGGGAGACGAAGAGGAAGAAUAAGGGGAAGGACGAUACGGCGGCUAUGUUUAAAAAGGUUGAGGGGAAUGAUGCGGACCAGGAAACAAGCGAUGAGGAAGAUAAUGAGGACGACGUGGAGAUGGGCGAAGCUCCGGAAUUGGUUGCUGCUCCAAGAGAGAGGGUUGAGCCGGAGAUUGAUGAGGAUGGCUUUACGAAGGUGGUUGGGAGAAGGAAACGGUGAUUUGUUUGGGGAUAGACGACGACUGCAUGAAUGUUUCUUUUUUCUUGAAUUACGAAAUGAUGGAUUGCCCGAACAGAACACGAGAAUACUGUGGAUAUGACCGCAUAUGAUAUGUGAG